UGAAAGUUCCAGUUGCCCACAUUCUUCGCUUCCUUUCAGCAUGGAAAUUUUCAGCUGGCUGCUGCUGAUUUUGUUCAUAUUGUACCUUUUCUGGAAGACUGUUCGUCCCAAACAAUUCCCCCCAGGACCGAUGCCUCUACCAUUCAUUGGAAAUUUGUUGCAGUUCAACGCCAGCAGUCCCCUGAAGGACCUUGAUAAGUAUGCACAGAAAUAUGGACCCAUAUUCACUUUGUAUUUGGGAGGAGAACCUUUUGUGUUUGUUCAGGGAUUUUCAUUGGUGAAAGAGGUCCUACUGACGAGAGGAGCGGAAUUUGCUGGAAGACCAGAAAAUGCUAUUGUUGAGGCUAUCAAUAAUAAAAAAGGGCUAAUCACAGCACCCUAUGGGCAGGUGUGGAAGGAACAAAGAAGGUUUUUGCUGAUGAGUCUUAGAAAUUUCGGGUUGGGCAAAAAAUCCAUGGAGGAAAAGAUCCUGGAUGAGGCCACUUACUUGAUACAAAUAUUUGAGGAAAACAUGAGUGAGUUAACUAAAGAUGUGCCCUUUGAUGCCUGUGGUUUCAUUGUGAGUGCAGUGGCAAACAUCAUUUCCACCAUUGUAUUUGGGAAGCGUUUUAAUUAUGACGAUAAAUUACUGAGAAAUGUGUUGGGCCUGAUUCAUGAGAGCUCUACAGUACUUAUAGGACCCUGGGCACAGCUUUACAAUGCUGUGCCACUUGUAAGGAGGCUUCCUCUUCCACACCGGAACAUAAUAAAUAUCGCAAAGAAGUUCGCUGCAUUCAUCUCAAAAGAAGUUGAAGAGCACAGAACAACUCUUGUCCCUGGAGACCACCGAGACAUAACUGAUGCCUAUUUGGAAGAAUUACAGAAGCCAGAGAAUAAAGGAUCAAGUUUUGAAGAAGAGAACAUGCUUAUAACAUUGGGUGAACUGUUCCUGGCUGGAGUAGAAACGACUGCAACAACGCUUGAAUGGGCUUUGCUGUACAUGAUGGCUUUCCCAGAGGUUCAAGAGAAAUGUCACGUGGAACUCAAUAACGUUCUUGGAAAUAACCCAUGCAUCAAGUAUGAAGAUCGGGACAAGCUGCCUUACACAAAUGCUGUCAUUCAUGAAAUCCAGCGCUUUGCCAAUGUGGUACCCGUAGGAAUACCUCAUGCCCCUGUCAAAGACAUGCAGCUUUUCGGUUAUACUAUUCCCAAGGACACGACAAUUAUAACCAGCCUCAUUUCUGUCCAUUAUGAUGAGUCUCAGUGGAAAUACCCACGUGAAUUUAACCCCUCCAAUUUUCUGAAUGAGAAGGGAGAAUUUGUGAAGCCUGAAGCCUUCCUGGCUUUCUCAGCAGGCCCAAGGGUUUGCUUAGGGGAGAACUUGGCUCGGAUGGAGCUAUUCCUCUUCUUCACCCACAUUAUGAGAAGGUUCCAGGUAGUGUGGCCAGAUGAGACAAAGGCACCAGACCUCACCCCCAACUUUGGAGUCACGAUGUCUCCAUCACGCUUCAAGGUGACACUGAAAUGCCAUCCGCAAGUAUGAACUGCACUAAGUGGGAUUCAGAUAAUUCAGGACAUUUCGGCAUGAGAUGCUUGAAGUUGAAGGUAUCUAGAGAUUCAAUUGGAUUCAAAUUGGAUCAUCAGCAUUAUUCUGAUUUUGUGCAGAGAGGUCUUCCUUCCAUCGUGUUUCUCCCAAUCACUGCUUACUCAGUGAUUUGAGGAGACCUUUUCUGGCAGCCUGGUGAGUGAGCUGAAGAGGUCAGAGGGAGGAGAUAUGACCCCGGCACCAAAGCUUUUCAGCAACAAAUACCCAAACUGAUGGAAAUAAGGUUAUUUCCUCUUCAGUUUUGUUGUUCCAUUCCAUUAAUCAAGUUCUCUUCAACAGCCACAUUGUAAAACAUGCUGUAAACAAUAGAACUUAACCCAACACAAAAAUCGCGCUAUAGACAGUUUCUGGAGUUUCUGCUUUAGCGCAGGAACUGCCCCUGGACUGUUCCUUUGAGCAGCUCUGGGCAUGACAAAAGUUCAGAAUUAUGGUGAAAGUGGAUGCAGAGAACUCCCUCCUGGGCCGUUUCCAGACGGCUUACCUACCUCCGGAACGUCGCACCAUGUUGCGGGGAAAAUGCGAAAUAUUGCGUUUUC